GUUUGUGCGGCUAGGCGGGAGUUAACACCUGGCAGUCAGCGGUUCAACCUGAUCUCCAAGAGUGACAUUCGCUAUGUUGGAACCUUGCAUGAGAUCAACCCUGAAGCGUCCACAAUAGCUCUGGAGAAUGUCGUCUCUUUUGGAACUGAGGGCCGUCGAGGCAACCCAGCUGAAGAGAUCGCCCCGUCUGCCAGUGUUUAUGAAUACAUUGUCUUCCGGGGCAGCGACGUAAAAGACAUUAGCGUAGCGGAGGACAAGAAGGAAAAUGCACCAUCUGAGCCUCCUCAGGUCCCUGAUGAUCCUGCCAUCCUGGGGUUCCAGGGCUUCUACCCUCCCUAUGGGCAGCGCUUUGGGGCUCCUGGUUUCCCUCCUGGGCCCGGAUUCCCUAAUAUGCCGUACGGAGCUCCUCCCCCAGGAUGGUACCCUCCCCCGGGUCAAGGAUUCCCUCAAGGACCAGGCCAGUUUCCCCCUCAUCAGAUGCCUAUUGGACCCCCUGGUCAACACCAGACCCCUCCGCCACAGCGUCAGGGGGCGCCUGGUGCGGGCCCUGUAAACGUUCCUAAAGCCACCUCCGAGCUUCCCGUUGGUGAACGGCCCUCCAGUAAGCCCGCCAGCCGGAAUGCCACGCCUGCACCUGCUGCUGGUCAGAACCCUCCUCCACCCCCUGUUGAAUCGAAACCUUCCGUAACGGAAGCCGUACAAGCCUCCAGUAUUCCCGCGGCGGCGGCGGCGCAUCCGGUUGCAUCCAAGAUACCACCCACCGGACCCAGGAGCGGACGUGUGCAGCCGGCCAUCCCGAUUGCUACGCACUCUAAGCCGCCAGUCCCAGCUGUAGGCCCUUACCCCGGUGCUGGUGUGGGAAACAAUGUGUCGCAAGGUACUGCUGCUCAGGCGGCCAUUACUGAAGCCACUCGUGCUGCCACUGCUGCUGUUGCGGCUGCCAUGGCUAAAUUGCCCCAGCCCAGUGCACAGAAGGCUCCGGGUCAUGGCGAUGCGUCUGUGGACGCCGUGGCAAAGCAGCUCGCUGAGAUGAAGCCUUACGAGGGAAACCGGGCUCCUCGCGGCGGUCACCCGCACCCACGGGGAGGACGUGGUGGUCACCGCGCUCCUUAUCAGGGCCAGGCGAAGAAGGUUGAGGUUCCUGACACCGACUACGACUUCGAGACCGCGAAUGCCAAGUUCAACAAGCAGGAUCUGGUGAAGGAGGCUAUCGCCACUGGCUCACCGGUGCAUGAAGCCGAGGCUGCUUUCCCUGAGGGCGAGGACGAAUAUACCGAUAAGCCUAGUGCGGAUAACGUCAAUUCGUACAACCGGGCUACGUCCUUCUUUGACAACAUCUCGAGUGAGGCUCGUGACCGGGAAGAGGGUACUGGUGCUCGUGCCGGUGGUCGUGAGUGGCGCGGUGAGGAGGAGAAGCGGAACAUCGAGACCUUUGGCCAGGGCAGCGUCGAUGGAUAUCGGGGCAGCUAUCGGGGCCGUGGCAGAGGAAGAGGCUACGGCCGUGGCCGCGGAGGUUAUGGUCGUGGAUACAACUCUCGUGGCCGUGGCGGUCUCCGUGGUGGUCGCAAUGCUCCUCAGUCCACCGGUGUGCCUACGCAGAUUUGA